AUGGGUUGGGACUCAACUAUGUCGAACAAUAUGCUCUCUCAUGAGGUCUACUCUGACUUGCUGAGUUUCACAUUCGAUGGCCCAAAGCCUUACAACCAAAACCAACCACUGUUUAUUGAUGCUGAGGAUCCUUCCCGAUCAUUCACAGGUUCUCAAUUUCGACAACUAGUUCAGACCUUGAUCGCCGGUUUGAAAGCCCACAAUAUCCAGCAAGGAGACUGUGUAUUGCUACACUUGGGAAACAGCAUACUAUAUCCCGCACUAUUCUUCGGCAUAAUUGGUGCCGGCGGUGUCUACAUGGGCUCCAACCCCCGAAGCCAACCCCAAGAACUCGAUCACAUCCUCAGUCUUGCCGAACCCAAAUUGAUUCUCACAACUCGCGAUGCUCUCUCCUCCGUCCUCGAUGUCUCCGCUACCCGGGGCAUCCACCCAGCACAGGUCUGUCUCGUCGAUGAACUAGCUAUCGACCAUUGUGCACAGCUGUUCCUGUGGAAUGAUCUCGGGUAUUCAGCGGCAGGCCAUUUCUUCCCAAUGAGUGUCAGUGAUGCCCGUCACAACAAUUUCGCAAAUCUACUUUGCUACGGUGAAAGUGACUGGAUGAAAUUCUCCGAUCCGGUCAUAGCACGAGCCACGCCUGCAGCUAUGUACCCAACCAGUGGUACAGGCGGACUACCCAAAGCAGCGAUCUUGUCACACUAUGCGCUUGUCUCACAGCAUCGCACCAUUUACUACGACGUGCCUUACCCAGUGAGCCGGCUCAUGUCGCUGCCCAUGUUUCACCUAUUUGGCGCGCUCUGGACACAUCUUUUCCCUGUCCGAUACGGACAUCCGCUGUUCGUCCUGCCGCGCUUCGAGGUCAAUGAUUUCAUUGCUGCGGUCAACAAGUACCAGAUCUCGGAGACUUACCUUGUCCCCGCUGUCAUUCACUCUAUCAACCAGUCACCUGUGCCCAUCGGUGAUCGACUGUCCUCGCUGCGCUAUGUUGGUGUUGCUGGCGCUCCUAUUGAUGGCCAUUCCAUGCAACAGUUCCGCACCCAUAUGAACCCCAUGGGAUAUGCUUGCCAGAUCUGGGGAAUGACUGAGGUUGGCGUGACCUUCCAGACUCGCUAUGGCCAGCAGGGUGACCCUGGCAGCAUUGGUACCUGUAUUGCCGAAUACGAGGUUCGCUUGAUAGACCAAGAUGGUAAAAUCGUGCAUGGCGAUUGCUGCCCGGGUGAACUGUACGUCCGCGGGCCAGGUCUUCUCACUGCAUACAAGGGCCGCACGGACGCAUUGGAGCCACAUGGAUGGUUCCGAACGGGUGAUGUGGCGUACGUCAGACAGGGCCAGUAUUACAUUGUUGGACGCACAAAGGAGCUUAUCAAAGUACGAGGAUGGCAAGUAGCCCCAGCUGAAGUCGAAGGCGUCCUCCUCCAACACCCAGGAAUCUUCGAUGCUGCCGUGAUCGGUGUGAACAAGGACGGCGUGGGCGAGCUCCCACGCGCCUUCAUCGUGCGCUCUCGCGACCCAGACAUGCGCCGCCUGACCGCCGAACAGGUUUACAAUUAUGCACGCCAGCAUCUGGCUAGAUACAAAGCGCUUGAUGGAGGUGUCGUAUUCGUGGAAGAGAUCCCACGCACUGCAAGUGGAAAAAUCCAGCGCUUCAAGCUGUCCCAGAUGAACACCUAUCGUGAGAUGGUGGCGUCUCUACUAUCUGGACUCGAAGGCGACGCCCCCGCUGCAGCCACCGCGGCUCGACGGGGCCUACCCGCUGGGGCUGAGAUGUCACCUGUCGGACUCAUCCCUGAAGGACGGGUGUUAGUCUAA